UGACACUAUCAGCAGAAGUAAUACUGAACUUGACACAAUGAACUGCAUAAUUAGUGCUACACUAUUCUUGUCAGUGUUAAAUGCUACACUUAGUUUCAAUAUUGAUCCUGUGCCUUGGAAGACCCUAAGGAACCCUGCUGCUGGUUUUGGCUACCAGGUGGUGCAAAGACAAUCAGAUUUGCUCGUCAGUGCUCCACUGGAACAGCAUUCACAAAAUGGAAGAGGGAAAAUAUAUAAGUGCACCAUCUCUUCCCAAAACUGCCAGAAUAUACCACUUCAAGCACCAGGUUUUGCAGUCAACAUGUCGUUUGGUUUGACAAUGAAAAGUGAGCCCACGAACCAAAACACUGUGGUGUGUGGUCCAACCAUUCCAAAAGAGUGCAGAAGUAUCAUCAUGUACAACGGUGUGUGCUUUCAGAUAGGCCCUUCAAAUACAUUUGGAACACCCAUCCCUUCUUCUCCUCCAGAGUGCCGAACACAAGUAGCCAUUGCCUUUCUGUUGGAUGGUUCAGGCAGCGUAUCUUCUACUGAUUUUCAAACAAUGAAGAAUUUUGUGAAAGAACUAAUCAAAUCAUUACUAUCAAGUGACACACAGUUUUCGGUUUCCCAGUUCUCUAAUUCACCGGAGGUUCACUUUAACUUUCAAAAAUUUUCCUCAUCUGGAUCAGUGGACAAUGAGAUCAAUGGAAUCAGACAGAGUGGGGGGGUUACUUACACAGCUAAGGCCAUUAGACAUGUUGUGGACAAUGUUUUCACACCACAAAGAGAUUCCAGACAAAAUGUGAAGAAGGUCUUGAUAGUAAUUACUGAUGGAGAAUCUAAUGAUCGGCAUGAUCUGGGAGGUGCAGCACAGCAAGCAGAGAGUAAAAACAUUGUUCGAUUUUCUAUUGGGGUGGGGAAUGCAUUUACUAAAACUGAAGCAAAACGAGAACUGGACACCAUUGCAUCGUCUCCCUCAGACAAACACGUCUUUCAAGUGAAGAACUUCAACGCACUUGAAGUAAUAAGACAGAAUCUGCAGGACAAAAUUUUCUCCAUUGAAGGAUCUCAAAGCAUUGGAGAGUCGCUGAAAAUGGAAAUGUCUCAAGAGGGAUUCAGUGCAGUUUAUGUGCCUGAGGGAAUUCAGAUGUCUAUUGUUGGUGCAAACCAGUGGAAGGGAGGCUACAUGCAAUACACAACAGGAGGCCAGAAGGUGAAAACAUAUGAGGAUGUGUCUUUUGAGCCUGACAGCUAUCUUGGUUACUCCAUGGCAAUUGCUAAAACCCGGCGUGGUUCUCUGACAGUUGUUGGUGCUCCAAGAUAUAAACACAGAGGAGUUGUGGUCGCUGUUAACAGAGAAAGCUUUGAAAACCAAAAGAUUGAGCCCCUUUCAUCACAGUAUCAGACUGGUGAAUAUUUCGGGGCAGAGGUGUGUGCCAUGGACAUAAAUAAUGAUGACAUCACUGAUCUAAUCUUCAUAUCAGCCCCAAUGUACAUGGAGCCUGAUAGAGAGGGAAGAGUUUAUGUUUGCAGAUUAACUGGUUUGUUUGUCGAGUGUAAUUUUGAUGAUCCAUUAGUACUAAGAGGACAUGCAGCUGUCAAAGGAAGGUUCGGCUCUUCUCUUGCUGUUCUGCCUGAUCUAAACUCAGAUGGAUUCAGGGAUUUGGCAGUUGGAGCACCUUUGGAGAAUAAUGGUGAAGGCAGCAUCUACAUAUUUAAUGGUGAAGGAGGAGGAAGAAUCAGUCCUACUUACUCACAGAGAAUUACUGGCUCUGAGGUCGAGUCAGGGCUGAAGUUCUUUGGCCUGUCAAUCAGUCAGUCGUCUUUUGACCAGAGUGGUGAUGGACUGCCUGACUUAGCGGUGGGUUCAAAGGGCACAGUUGUCUUACUGAGAUCAAGACCCAUAGUAAUGGUGAGAGCUGAGGUAUCGUUUAGCCCAAAGAAAAUCCCUACACAGAAUUCAGACUGCUCAAAACCAUUGGAGAACACAGCUGAAAUCUGCUUUACCAUGAGCAGAGUGUCUACAGUCAACACAGCUCAAGCAAUGAUUCAUUACACUAUAACACUGGAUGCCACUCGCAAGCCUCCAAACAACCGAGCGUACAUCAGUGGGAAACAACGAGAGCAGUCUGGAUCAGUUACUGUUGACUUAGGAAGAAAAGCAUGUUCAGAUAUAAAAUUCCUCAUUGAGGCUUGUCCCGAGGACGCUCUCAGUGAUCUUUCCAAUGAGCUCAAAUUCAGGUUUAAUGGUUUGGCCUCAAACACAAAUCCCAGACCAAGUCUUGCCCCGCAGGCCCAAACAACAACCAUUCAUCCUUUAGGGUUUGAGAUCAACUGUGGCACUGACAACAAAUGUGUUGAUAACCUGAAAGUGGAUUUCAACUUCACCAGAUCCUCAGAGGUUAAAGUGGGCAUUGAUGAGCUUUUGGAUGUCACAGUCACAGUGGAGAACAGAGGAGAAAACUCCUACAACAGUCGUGUUAUUCUCACGUACCCAGUUGGACUCUCCUACAGAAAGUUCACGAGUCAGCAGGGAAGAAUUGAGUGCAACUCCGUGGACAGUGAAGAUGGUUUAUCACGAGGAAGGACAGACUGCACUAUUGACAAGCCAAUUUUCAAGAGCAAAACAGAGGCUUCCUUCAUUGUCUCCUAUGGGAUUGACACCAACAGUCAACUUGAGAGGAAGAUCUUUGUCACUGCAAAUGUCACCAGUGGAAAUCAGGAGCAUGCCACUACAAGUGAACUCUACAAACAGAAAUCGAUUGAUGUGAAAUACAGCAUUUUUAUCACAUUUGAAAGCUCCUUCAGCAGCCACAAUUUAACCCCUGGAAUGAAUAACUCACAGGAAGCAGUCCAACAAAUAAUCAAGAUUACAAACUAUAUCAGAGCAUUUAAUUUCACUGUGGUGAUCAGGGUUCCAGUGAAGCUUGGUGAAAAAGAUAUUUGGAUGGAUUUGAGCAACUUACAGAUUGCAGACUGUCAGAGAGGAAAUGAUGAAGAACCGCUUAACAAAGAAUUUGUUGCUGAAAUACAAAAAUAUAAAGUAGUGGACUGCUCUGUAGCCACGUGCAGAGUGUUCAAGUGCAACACAUCCAUGGGAAUAUGGGAGAGUAGGAUGUAUGAAAUUUCUGCCAACUUCAGUUCAGGAUGGAUAGAGCAGAUUGGAUUUCAAUCUGCCAAAUUCCUCUUGACCAGCACAGCCAGUCUGGAGUACGACAAAAACCAGUACAUCUACUUUUCAGCGUGGACUAAAAAUAAUCCUCCUGUCCACAAGAUUGAGGCAGAGAUAGAAGUGUAUUCUGAACCAGAUUACAUUAAAGAGAUAAUUGGAGGAUACAUUGGAGGUUUGGCUGUUACUGCUUUAUUCACUGUUGGCCUGUACAAGGCUGGAUAUUUCAAGAGAGAUUACAAAGAGAUGAUCAAAUAAAAUCCUGAAGAAGCAGAGGGUCCAGGUACGGAUGGAGGUGCAACCACAACAGAAUAAAAAAAUAUUCAUUCACUUUACUUUCCUCAGCCACCAGAUAUUGUAAUGCUGGUUGCAGGGUUUUUUUUGUUUGUUGGUUUGUUCUUUAGCUUUUUGUAGAAAUGUGACGCUCAUAUAGUUGACUGACUGAAGAAAAAACAGUUUACUGUCUGACAUCAUUCCCUCAUUUAUGCAUUUACUACUGAAUGAUGAGGUUCACAGUCAGAACCCUCAACAGGAGCCACAAAAAAAACUGAAGACAUCAAAGUAAAUUUUACUUUAAGAAAAUACCAUAUGUAGUCCUUUAGACUUAUAGUUUUUUAGGGUCUGUCUGAGCAGGAAAAUACAAUUGUUAAUUAACUACUUAGAUCACACAGGUACCUGAAGGCAAAAUAUCACAAGUAGACAUGGGUCUCUAGAAAUCAUAUAGAAAAAUAGAAAUCAUUAGGAAUUGAUUUCUCAUGUAUUAUUCUUAUAAUUUGGAUCCUUAAAUGAAAUAGACUGAAGGUUUAAUAUAACUAUCUGAGAAGAUGGAGUGAUUAUGUCCUGUGAAGUAUUAUAGUGGGAAAUGUAAAAUAGCUUAUGAAGAAUAUGCUCAUGACUGCACAUCUAAAUUUAACAUUUUCUAUGUUUAUAUUUUUACAAACAUCAUUUGAGUAUGAUGAAUGUAAAUUUGUGUGAAAUUAAAUAUAUG